UUGACUCUGGAAAGAAUGUGAUACAUUAAUUUAUACUAAAAUAGAAAUGACUGAUAUAUUCAGGUGUUUGCAAUUUAGUAAGGACAGAGCCUUAGACUAUAACACCUGAAGUCCUAUAGAUAAAAUCUGGGGCCCUACCUGAUGGAUAUGUUGCUACCUGAGUGAGCAGCUGUGGCCUGAAACUAAUGCAGGGCCCAGGAAUUAUUUUCCAUUGUUUAGGCAACACACCCUGAUUUUAUACCAGGCCUGGAUGUGUAGAAGGAGGAAACUUUCCAAGAUCCUAUUGUCCAAGCUCUUUUUAAGCCCUCCGGUUGCUUCCUGGCCUUAGACCCUGGACUGUAGCCCCAGACGUCUCCUUGGCUCUGCCCCCAGUAGGUCCCUGCUGACUUAUCUGUAUGCUUCUUGGCCUCCCCAUGUCUCCCUCCAGGCAGACCUCAACACCAACAUUGAGGAUGAAGGCAGCUCCUUCUAUGGGGUCUCCAGCCAGUACGAGAGUCCUGAGAACAUGAUAAUCACCUGCUCCACCAAGGUCUGCUCUUUCGGCAAGCAAGUGGUAGAGAAGGUGGAGACAGAGUAUGCCCGCUAUGAGAAUGGCCACUACUCAUACCGCAUCCACCGGUCCCCGCUCUGUGAGUACAUGAUCAACUUCAUCCACAAGCUGAAGCACCUGCCGGAGAAGUACAUGAUGAACAGCGUGCUGGAGAACUUCACCAUCCUGCAGGUGGUCACCAACAGAGACACCCAGGAGACCUUGCUGUGCAUUGCCUAUGUCUUUGAGGUGUCAGCCAGUGAGCACGGGGCCCAGCACCACAUCUACCGGCUGGUGAAAGAAUAAGAGACACGGGGAGCAGGGAGGGGGGGGAGACAUCAUGUGUGCAGGGACAUGGGGAGGGGACCUGCGGUGAUAGCCCCUGAAGGGCCACGGUUGCUGAGAGGUCGUGACCCUUUCUGCCCAGGAACAAACUGCCUGAACCUGCAGUGCCCGAGCCCAGAUAAACGCGGGGUGUCAUGACUUCAGAGGGCCUGACCUGUGGUGUGGGCCUUAGGAGGGACUGUGGGAGAAAGGGGCAGCCUGGGAAGCAGGCCAGAAGCAGCCCCAGACGCUUCCCAGCAGUUCUGAAGCCAGCGCCCCGGCGGACUCAGCUGUCCAUGUCGCCAGACGCUGAAGCAUGAGGCGGAUGGUCCCUGUGCUGCGCUCUGCCAGCCACGCCGGGAGGCCCAAGGAUGGGCACACAGGACCCCGUCCUGUGCAUGCCCGUGCAUGUGCCCACCAGGGCCCCUCUGUGGCCAUCGCCCCGGGACAGUCUGGGGGAGGCCUGGCCCAGCCCAGGGUGCGGGUUUUAGUGAGGUGGUGGUAACAGUUGUAAGGUUGAAAGGCACAUGGUCAGAGCUCUUUAAGCAAAUUUCAUCUGUCUUCAGUGGGCAUGGAUUGCAGGUCCACACCGGCUGCUUGGGGCAACUGGUCCCAGGCCAGAGCAGCUCAAGACAGGGAAGGCAGGUAUGGCCGAGCCGAGCCAGCCUGCCGCGUUUCAGGGGUGAGGCUGGCAUCACGCAGUGUCGUGAAGGCUGAGGAGGGCAGUCAAAGGCCUGUGAUGGACCCGUGGCCUCUGCGACUCCCCAGCUGUGCCUUCUGUGAGUCUCAGCUCAGCCUGCCUGGAGCCGGGGCAGGCCUUCCACUACCACCCCAGACAGUGUCUGUGUUCCCUGGGGGUGGAGGAGAAGGAGCAUGGGACCCCCUCUGGGCCUCGAGGGGUCCCCUGGGUCAUUGCUUCCUAGAACUAGCACGCACUCUAGGUUUCCGCAGACCUGGCUUCGGCCCCACUGCUCCUGGCUGUCUAACCUUGGGUGAAUUUGUCCACUUUCUGAGCCUUAGUGUCCUGUCUCGCCGGCCUUGGGAGGCCUCAGGGAGGGGAGAGUCUGUCUGUAAAGUGCCUGGGGCAACAGGCAUAAGCGACUUCCUGCCUUAGGGCUCCCCUCCCGCAGGGCCACGCGGCCUGACUCUUUGCUGCCACCUAGUGGCUUUCUGGUAUCAUCCCUGACGGGAGGUAACUCCGGGAAUCUGGGGUCAAGGGGAGCUGCAGGUUCACUGUGUGCCCAGCUCUGCGGGGCAUGUAUGGGAAUACAGAGAGGAGGAAGAUGGCACCUAGGAGGUGUUAUGGAGUGGCGGUUAGGAGCAAGAGCUCUGGAGUCAGACUGCUGGGAUUGGAAUCCUGGUUCUCAGCUGCUGACUAGCUGUGUGACCUUGGGGCAAGUCACCUACUUUCACUGUGCCUCAGUUUCCCCAUCUGUAAAAUGGGUAUGAUAAUAGUACCUACCUCGUAUAUGUAGAGUGCCUAGCCUAGUGCUGAGCACAUCAGUGUGUUCAGUGAAUAUAAAUUAUUAUGAAGAGAGGAGCUGGCCAUCUAAGGAGUCAGGUUGGAAAACUCCUGAGUGAGGCUGGUGGAUCCUCAGAGUGGCUGGAAUUCAGAGAUGGGAGAGGGCAGACUGUGGGAGAUCCAGGGAGGGGGUCGCAGUUGAGAGGCGGUCCGGUAAAGGGUGGGCAGCGUUCAGAGGAGCAGACAGGAAGAAGGCUGGCAGCGUUCGGAUGGUGGGGAGAAGCCCACUGCCCCGUGUGCGCCAUCCUCCACGGCCACACUCCUCUCUUCACCCCAGAGCAGCCUGAACCACACAUUCUGGGCCGCUGCAAACCUCGUGCUGAGCCUCCCAGCUCCACUGCCAGUGGAAAUGGCUCUCACAGGAUGUGCUGUGGAGACGGGGCAUGGGGCCCUGGGUCCCCGGGCGGGUGGCAUGUGCUCAUGUGUGCAGGUGUGUUUGUAUAAGGCUCCCCCAGCCCCCACCCCAGCAUCACAGUCCUCACCAUCUCCCCUUGCCCUUCUCCCCUCCCCUAUUCCUGGGCCUGGGCCUGUUUGGGUGGGGGCUGCUCACGAAGCCUGCCCUUCUCGCUUGACUGUGAACCUUCAGACAAAUGCUUCUGAAGGACGUGUGAGCAGCCCCCUGGCCAUGGCUGGGAUGCACACAUUCAGGAGGUGAUCUUCUUGUGUUGCAGGUGGGAGGGAGUCAGUGCAGAUCCUGCUGGGGCCAGGUGCGGGCUGAGCUUUCCCUUCUCUUUAUGAACUGACCUCAGAGGCCUAAUGGAGAGUCACUUACCUACAGCGUAAAUUCCAGACUAGUCAGCCAUGGAGAAUGCAGAUGGGGUGUCCUCUCCCCCUGGUGUGCAGACUUGGAGGACAGGCGGGAGGCCUGGCCCAGUCUGCCUCCUGCAGCCUCACCUGACCCUCACCUGUGUUCUGAAUUGUGUACCCUUCCCAGCACCUCCCCCUGCCUUUUGGCCUCUGUUCCACACGAUCCGGCCAGCAUCGCCCACCCCGCUCUCCCUGGAAGUUGGUUGCCCAUUCUCAAGGGCCAAGGCUAGUCACUCCUGCCCUUGUGUGGCAGAAGCAUUUCCGCCCAUGAUCGUUUGGAGCACCUGUUAACCUGGUGCCGGAACACAGGUGUCUUGUUGUCUCUUUUCAUCAUCUCCUGCUAGGUUCUGUGCUCUCCCCAUUUUACAGAUGAGGAAAGUUGGGGCACAGAGAGGGGAACUCACUUGCUUGGCAUAUCACUGCCUCUAUUCAUUCACUUCGCAGAUAUUCACUUCACUUCUGCUUUGUGCCGGAUACUGGGAAUGUAUCAAUGACCAAGACAGAAGAGGCCCUUGGGGAGCUUAUGUUUUACUGAGGAAGAAAGAGUAAACAAGCAGGUAAACAGGCCAUGUAGCCUGUGAUAUGUCAGGAAACGAGGGUGCAGAGGUUGAGGGUCACUGGGGAGCCUCUCUACAGCCUGGGGAGGGUGAGGAAAGGCCUUCUUAGGAGAGGCAGGAGGGUGGCUGGCAUGUCCCAGCCACAGAGAGGAGCGAGUGUCGGGAAUAAGGAGAGAUGAGUGGGGAGCUGUGGAGGCAGGCAGGGGCUCCUCCUGCCCAGCCAGCCAGCCAGGUGGGGGCAGCCGGCCAGUGGGGAACAGCCGGCCAGGUGGGGGGCAGCCGGCCAUCCGGCUCCCUCUGCAGGCCAACAGCCCCUCACUUGGUAAGGACUGUGGAUUUUAUUCCAUGUGAAGGGAGAUCUUGGAAGUGUGUUAAUCCAGGGAGUCUUUUUGAUCUGAUUUUAGAAAACUCUGGGAUUGCCAUGGACUGCAGAGAAGCACGUGUGACUGUCUGCUUCUCAGCCAGUCUCUCCUCCCGGACUCACUGUCUGUGGGUGGAGGCAAUGGAUUUCCUGGUUCUGUAAACUGAACGUGGUGUUCUGGAACAUAGCAGGUGCCCGGGAACCAUUUGAUGAAUGAGUGCAUGUGUCCAAGGCAGUGCGAUCCACACCGUUUGGGCCUGGAAGGUGAGAGGGGUCCCUGAGCCCCUUGCCCUUCUGUCACCAUGUAGGGCCAGCAGCCACGUUGUUGAGAUGGGGACAUGGGAACGGACCGCCCAUCCCAUGGAGUCUGAUGUUGACUGAGCACACUGUGCCCAGGGGCCACCAGAGACCUCCCAUAGGGUGGGAUGGUCCUAAUGAGAGAGAAACCCACCAGAAGGGACUUGGGGCGUGUGCCUGCUUGUGUGCAUGCGUGUGCAGACACAGGCUCUGCCCUUUCAGGACUGAAGCUGGUAGCGUGAGGACCAAGGGGCAGCCAAGGGGCUUCCUGGCUCAGGCCCCCACAUUCGGGGUGCUUGGUCCAGCACCCGCUCCCUCUCCCCAGUGGGCGGGUUCAGAGGACAGUGGGCUCCGUAGUGACUGGAGCUGAAGGGCGGCCAUCCCUUGUGAGCAGCAGUGUGGCAGCAGGGAGCCCCUGACACCUGGCAGGACUAGGCCAGGUGCAGGCUCACCUGGGCCGCACCUGCACAGGGUAGGGAGGUAAGGGACAGCGGCAGUGCAUUUGGUUUUACCUCAGGGACAGUGACACCAGUGGUUACUGUUUGACCCCUUCUUUAUCCAUAUGUCAGCUCCCAGAAUGCAAACGAGAAGCUUUUCCCCAAAGAGUUAAAUCUACAUCAGUUGGUCUUAAGGACUUCAACCCUGGAGUGGGGCUGAUCGAGGGCUGAACUGGCUUCUUACAAGUGUGGUCUUGGGCAAAUGACUUAGCCUUCGUGGCCUCAUCUGUGAAGUGGGGAUAACAGGGCUUCAACUUCCAGCUGCUGUUGGAAGGAAGGAGUGUGGCUGUGAGCAUGAAGGCGGGUGCCGAACUGGGCUCCCAGUGCACCCUCAGAGAGCUGGGCAGCUGGGCGUGUAAAGCCUGCCCUGACCCAGCUCUCCCACCCCCAGAACACACGCACUUGACUUUCAUCCUCACCCCUUAUCAGAAAUGGAAGGAAGUUCCUAACUGGGAAAAUAAUUCUGUGGCCUAUGUGGGUGAGGCAGAGUCCCCAGGGAAGGUUUGAAAGGGAGGACUGGACGAAUGGUGGGCGAAGCCACUCUGAACAAGAAACGUCGGAAUUUGGUUUUUGUUUAAUUCCUGAGAAAGGUCAGGGAGAGGUUUGGUCCAGUACCUUUUCGGAAGGCUGAAGCCCGCUAGUGGAAGUGGCAAAGGGUCUUUUUAAGCUCAUGGAUGUCUAAUAUUCAACUUUAAGUUUUUUGUAUUUUUGCUAUGUAAACCCCCUUUGUCUCUCCAAAUCUUCAGUAAAGUCAGCUACUGACACA